AGGAGGCACCUGAGGAAUUUGCGUUGGGACGGUGCAGCCUCGUGAGCACCCAGCGUGCGCGCUCCUGUCUCCAUAUCACUGACACUUCAAUUAAUGCUGCUGCUCCACGAGACAGACAUGCAUUACGAGGCGCGCACGAACGGCGAAGAAAAACUCAGAAUAUGCAAACGGACAACCAUCAAAUGACGCCACCCACGUGCCGCGAUAUUUAGCUCGUCCGGAUCUGAAACGGAGAGAGUUUUUUUUUCUCGUCGCGCACAGGAGCGACUUGUUAACUCGCCCAACUACCAGCCCCGUUUGUGUUCGCACCCUGCGGUAGCGGCCGGCCGGGGACGCACGCUGUAAAAUGAGGUUGGGAAGCAUCAUUUUAACCGUCGCCCUCUGCUCUUUCACCGCAUAUUACAUUUAUGAGCCCAUUCCUGAGGAGAUAGAUGAGAGAUGGAAACUCAUGCUGACCAACUCUUUCUUCAGAAGUCUCAGCCACCUGGCAGAUUUUAGUGAACUACUUGGACUAAAGGACUACAUGGGAGUAAUGUACUUCAUUACUCUGGCAGAAAAGGUAGUACCUGUGUCUGAUGAGCAUGUCGAGGUCAUAGAAGAAAAGUUUGAUGGAGUAGAGGUGUUGCUGUACCAGCCAAAGCACCGGAGUGAUGACACUGAACUCAGGAGAGCUGUCAUAUACCUCCAUGGUGGAGGCUGGUGUCUGGGGAGUUCCCGGAUGGGCCCAUAUGAUCUUCUGGCCAGAAACAUGGCCACUGAGCUAGGUGCAGUGGUACUUUCUGUUGAGUACCGCCUUGCACCUCCUCACCACUUCCCCAUCCCUUAUGAGGACGUUUACCAUGUGGUCAAACACUUCCUCCAGAAGCAGGUGCUGGCCCAGUACUCUGUGGACCCAGGACGCAUUGCUGUGGCUGGGGAUAGUGCUGGGGGGAACCUAGCAGCUGCUGUCUCCCAGCAGCUGCAAAAAGAGCCGGGACAGCAGAUUAAGUUUAAGGCCCAAGCACUCCUCUACCCCGUGCUGCAGGCUCUGGACCUUUACACACCAUCCUAUCAGCAGAAUCAGGACAUGCCCAUUCUGCCUCGCACUCUUAUGGUGCGUUUCUGGAGUGAGUACUUCACUAGCAACAAGGCCCUCUUCAGAGCUAUGAUGGCCAACACCCACAACAACCCUGAGUCUUCCAGCCUGCUAAAGUUUGUCAACUGGAGCAAUUUCCUGCCUGAAACAUAUCAUAGGAAAUACAACUACAGUGCUCCUGCUGUGCUGCAGGGACUCGGAGGGGAGGCAGCUGAGAUGGAUGGACCAUCUCGAUCUUUUGCUGACCCGAGGGCAUCGCCCCUGCUGGUUCCAGACUCGGCCUUACGCUCUCUGCCCAAGGCCUACAUUCUGACAUGUGAGUAUGAUGUUCUCCGAGAUGAUGGGAUCAUGUAUGCCACACGGCUGCGUGCUGCUGGCGUUGAGGUGACCCAUGAACACUAUGACGCCGGAUUUCACGGAGCACUGAUGUUCACUGUGUGGCCAACUGACUUCCUGAUUGCACAUCACAUGACAGACAACUAUAUAAAAUGGCUCAAAGAAAAUUUGUAAAAACUGUUGACUGUCAGUAGUUACUCCAGAUUAUUUUGACACCAUAAAGAAGUUUUUGGUUGGAUGCAAGCAUUUUUUCCCCAUCUGACUUAUUUAACAUUUUGUGGUGUUUUUCUUUGAUCAUGCUAUUUUUGGGUAAAAAUAUUCUUUCAUCUUAUUUUCCACUCAUGCAUUUUACCACAUUAGAUAUAAGUAGAAGACAGGAUUUUGAAAGAAUAGUUACAUUUUUUAAUUGAAGUUGGUUUAAGUACAAAGCCGCACAUAUGACACCAUCACACAAUACAAUAGUAGUACAGUAGUACAGUGUUUAAUUCAGCAGACACAAUACUGCUGUAAAAGUAUUGUGGACUAUCACAAAAAUUGUAUGGUUGAUUGUUUUUUAGCUGGAUAGCUGGCCUGGUAUGAUGCUCAUUAUUGUUUCCCACCACAGGACUUGUUAUCUGAUCUUAUGUCCAUUACAUCAAUAUCAGUACUAUUAGUUUGUAAAGCAUACCAUCGAAAAAUAAAACACUGAACUAUCCCAUUAGGGGUUUAAAGAAUCCAGUGUAAGUCUUGGCAAAAGCAGGGAAGGAUUUUCACAACAGGCUAGUUGGCCAAAGUUAACAUUUAUAAGUGAGGGCAGCUCAUACUGAAACUUAAGAUUGUUUUGCUGUUUUUGCAAAACCAGAACUUUUGUGUCAUAGUGUUUGACCCAACAUCAAACAAUGUCAAGUAAUCUUCUGUUGAAUACAGCAGCAGAUUUUUCAUAAGGGAACAACUUUAGUUUUAUGUCCCAUACAAAUGUGACACACAGUAGUCGUAGAUCAUUUAAACAGCAGAAUGAAGGGCAUCUUCUUUACAAUAAAAGAAAUCAUCUCUACUCUUUAUUUGCUCUCCAGAAGAAAUGUUAGUCUUUGUAGCUUUGCAAUUGCUCCACAUCUGAGCUACAAACAAUCAGAUUGAUAAUCCACAUUCCAUGCAGAACAUUGGUAUGCUGUUCACCAAUGACCAUACUGUAUCAAACAAACGUAUCUUUACCCAGAUUUUGUGGUUAUACUCACUUGAGUGUGAAGUAGCACCAUGAUAAAGAGAGGUAUCCUUUUCACAAGGGAAAUUUUGGAAACAUUUUUUGGAGCCUUAAUCUUUACAGAGCAUCACGAGUCUCAGAUUUCAUAUGUUAACAUUUAUAGGGGUGUGUGCGUGCUAUCCCCUUUCUGUUUUCAAGCAUCAUUUAUUAUCGCGUGUUAAUAUGAGUAAACAGCUUAACAUGUGGCAACACAAAAUGCUCUCAUGGGAACAAAAAUAAUGGUCAUUGUAUUUUAAAUUACACUUUUGUCAUGUUAGCAAUAAUAGGCAAGUAUCGCUUCCAUUAGACACCUGCCUUUGUGAAAAAGAUGUACAGUAGGCAAUGACAAAGUCUGGCACUAUUAGAUAACAUUACCAGUGCAAGACCCAGUGCCAGUUUAAUAGGAAAAUAUUUAGUAUGGAACAUUGUGUAGACAGGAAAGUAUAUGGCUGACAUUGUGUUACUGUAUGCGUGUCUCUUAUUUGUAUAUUUAUGACUCUGUCUCUAACUCAGUGAACCUUUGGUCCCUGACUUCUGCUGGUUCAUUUUCCCCCUGAGGCCCAAUAAUCAUGUGAUGUGGCUUUAAAACACUGACUUUUUACUACUGUGUAUCAUCUUUAUGUUUCUGUCUGACAGUGACAUCACCCUGUGACUUUUCUGCACAUGAGACAGCUAUCUAAGAGAAAACAAUCUCUUGAUUAACACUGUUUUCGAAGCUUUACUGUUCCAGAAGAGCUACUGAUGAUAUUAAACAGUUCUUUAUUUUUUCUUUUAUUUAAAAUCAGUUUCUUAUUACAAAGAAAGUAUGCCAUCGCAUUAAGUUAAACUUUUUAAACAAGCUUUACAGACAACUCUGAUUCUUCAGCUGUAACACUUCUACAUUCUUAAUUGUAAAUGUGACUAUUAUUUUUGGCUAUUUUUGGCUUGGUUUUCUUCUUGGGAAAUGUGUGAUAUGUAUCAUUUUUAAAUUUUCUCUGACAAUAAAAUGACUGGAUUAUUCACUA